AUGUCUGCCGUAGGAGGCGAUGCAGCUAUUGCUGUGGACGCAGAUGAGGAUGCACGUGUCUUGCGCGCAAGAGAGUCUUUGGGUGUAUCCGAAACGUCACCCUUGUUACCAGCACCGGCAGAUGAAGAGCCUGAAUUCAAUGAUAGUCUGAAUAAGCCAUGGCUAGGAUCGCCAGAAUUCGAUGCGAAGCCAUCGUGGAGGCGACCAAAUGUCUUCUAUCUGAUUCCGCCUACUGCUCUCUUCACCUUUGCCUUUGGCGGAGCAGCCGUACCAAAAAUCAAUCUGGUCCUAUCUAUCGUGUGUCGAGAUUAUUUUGCCGACCAAAAAGCCAAGGACCCUGCCUUUACAUAUCUACCCGUUAUAUUCGGGGGUGAGAACGAUCAAUGUCGCAUACCACAAGUCCAGUCAAAUGCGGCUCAGAUCUUGCUGUACGUCAAUUUAAUAUCCGGGUUUCUGUCAGCACUUGCUAGCCCACGGCUAGGCGACCUUUCUGACAGAUAUGGUCGCAUACCAUUGAUGUCUCUCUGUGUUGUCGGAACCUUGGUCUCUGAGGUUUUUGUAACCUUUAUCGCAGCAUACCCAGAACAUGCUUCGAUCAAUUGGCUCCUCGUCGCAGCUUUUGUGGAUGGUCUAUGCGGAUCCUUCACUCUAGCUUUAUCAUUAGUACAUUCAUAUGGAGCCGACUGCACGUCACCAGAGAGAAGGAAUGUCGUUUUUGGAUACAUUCACGCGACAUUAUUCACCGGUAUUGCCUUGGGGCCAUUCCUUUUUGGACUGCUAAUUAAACACACAGGCAAGAUUCUAGACAUUUUUCUGGCCGUUUUGGUGUGUCAUGGGAUCUAUCUCCUUACACUGUUUUUUCUUAUCCCAGAAUCAUUAUCAAAGGAGCGUCAAAUCAUCGCGCGAACGAAACAUCUGGCCAAGUCUCAGGAAGGAGAGACCACUUUCAAGCAAAAUAUUCUGCGUGAACUUCAUCCAUACAACAUCUUCAAACCUCUGACAAUCCUGUGGCCAAAGCCGAGCCCUUCGCAAUCGUCGCCCGAACAACGGGUAUUGUUUAGAAAACUACGGAAGAAUUUGGUCUUGAUCGCGGCUAUCGAUACCUUGAUGUUCGGAAUAGGCUUAGGCACCGUACAGAUCAUCAUCUUAUACGCGGAAUUUGUGUUUGGUUGGGGCACUUACGAGUCCAGCGUGUUCGUCUCUGUCACGAACGGUGGACGUGUCGUUACGUUGCUUGUUAUAUUACCAACCAUAACGAGGCUCAUUCGUGGACCAAUACGGGGCAAUCAGACAAACUCCGGAAGCGACUGGCUAGAUAUUUCUCUUAUUCGACUGGCCAUUCUCAUCGACCUAUUGGGUUAUAUUGGCUACGCGUCUGUAAAGACAGGGGGACUCUUCACUCUCUCCGCUCUCGUCGCAUCAAUUGGGGGAAUUGGUCCACCAAGUUUGCAGUCGUCGUUGACGAAGCAUGUGCCUCCUAGCCAAACAGGACGUAUUUUGGGAGCCAUGGGACUUUUACAUGCUCUUGCUCGUGUUGUGUCGCCUGUUAUAUUCAACGGCAUCUAUAGCGUUACAGUUGGCACGUUUACACAGGCCGUUUUUGUCUGCUUAGCCUCGGUAUUUGGUUUGGCAGCUAUCCUGAGCUGGUUCAUCGAACCAAGUGUACAUUUACCGGAGUCUCCGCCCUCCAGUCCGUCAGAAGCAGAAGACAAUACCACGAUACAUGCUUGA